AUGGUAGGGAUGAUGAAGGAACUUGUAGUUGUGAAACCAUUUGUUAAGUUUCUCAUCACAGACCUUCAUACAGUGGCGGAGCUAGGAUUAAGAAUUCCGGGAAGGGGUCAUAAUGGAAAAGGACUUGUAUUUCGUGGUCAUGAUGAAUUUGAACAUUCAAGUAACCAAGGUAACUUUCUUGAACUUUUGAAGUUUCUUGCCGACCAUGAUGAAGAAGUCAAAGGUGUUACAUUGGAUAAUGCUCCACAAAAUUUGUUGAUUGGUCUUGAUAUUCAAAAGGACAUUGUAAGUGCAGCUGCUUUUGAAACUGUGAAAGCGAUUGUGAAAGAUCUUGAUGAUUCAAUCUUUUCAGUUUUGGUUGAUGAAGCUCGAAACAUAUCGAUUAAAGAGCAAAUGGCAGUUACAAUACGGUAUGUGGAAAGAUAA